CAACAGGCUAGAUAUGAAAUUGUAGGAUGUUUUUCACAUAUCUAUUGUUUUGUUGACAUUCCUUUUAUAAAUCUGACAACUUUGAAACUUUAGUGUUGGCAGUGGGAGUUAUGUGUUCUUUUAGGCAAUGUUUCAGCUGAAGUAUUGAGGUUCAUUCAGAAUGUCACGGGCCAGUGUGGGUCGGUACAGGUGGUUGAGUGGGACUUCUUUUGGACUGCUACUAGCUGAUCUCAUCUGUAAUUCUCUCUUCCUUCUAUUUUAUCAUGAUACAUUGAUUACUCUCCUGAUAUACAUAAUUCAAGAUGUAUGCCUGGUUUUUUCUCUCAUCUUAUUCUUUUUGGCCUUGUUCUCAACAUCUCUCUCCCAGGCUGGAUUGGUUGGAGAACUGGUGCAUAAAUUCCAGUGGUGCAUUAUUGUAGCAGUCAUGUACCUAGGUCUUUCUCUAGGGUUCCAUUCUUGGUCUUUGGAACAGCAGUGGCAGAAGCCCAAGGUUUAUAUUUGGGCACCUGGGAUGGUUGCACUUUUCACAGUACAAAGAGUUGUGGGUGGUGUACAUUAUUACUUGUAUAAGCGAGCUAUCUUACAACUGUCUAACAAGGAAUUUUAUGCAAAAAAAUUGCUAUUGGUAGCUUCAAAUAUUAAGGAAACCCUGAUACAAAUUGCACAGAAGACAGAGCCCAUUGUUACCAGUUUGGCAUUUUUAAUGCUACAUUUAACAUUUUAUGGCAAUUUAGCUUUAAAAAUUUGGAUCCAGGAUUUAGCAGAAAAAAACAACAUUAACUAA